UUAAACGGAAUUUGGAAAAGAAGAAAAACUAAAAAAAAAUGAUCUAAAAGUUUUGAAAUAAAUAAACAAAUAAAAAAAAAAUAAUAAAAAAUACUAUAAAAAAUAGAAAUAAAAAUAAAUAAAGAAACAAAUAAAUAAUCAUGUCUAAAUACGAAACACAACAAAUAUGCCGGGAACCCUCACCGUUUUAUCAAAAUGAUCAGAUUUUUUAUAAUAAUAAUUAUCGUUUAAUGGAAAUUAAUACAAUAGAACAUACUUGGAAUACUCCCACCUAUUGUGCUGAUACAAAACUUCAUCCACAACAACAGCAUCAGCAACAUCAACAAGAUUGCUGUCAACCCACUACUACCACCACCACUACCUGUACUUUAACAGCCAUUAAUAAUGCAAAUAAUUACUACCGCUCACCAAGUUAUUGUCCCGCUUCAUCUUCAGAUUUGGAAGAUGUGGAAAGCCAAUUUCAUGAAAGUUUGUUUACAAACGUUUCAACAAAAACUACUAUUUCUGUCCCCCCAGUUCGUGUGAUAAAGAAACGCAAUACAGCGAAUAAGAAAGAACGACGGCGUACACAGAGUAUAAAUAAUGCUUUUUCUUGCUUGCGGGAAAAGAUACCAAAUGUUCCAUCGGAUACGAAAUUAUCAAAGAUAAAAACCCUUAAAUUAGCGAUAUUAUAUAUAAAAUAUCUAGUCGAAGUUUUAGACGGUGAUCAAGAUCCCAAAAAUGGUUUUCGGGCGGACCUAAAACCUUUGCAUCGUAAAAAUUCCCACGAAAAAAGAGCAUAUGUAAGAAAUGAAACAAAGUCUAUCAGUCGUCAAAGCAAAGGACGUACCGGUUGGCCACAAGAUGUCUGGGCUUCCGAAUUAGUUCCCGAACAAGAGUAGAAAUUAUUGUAAAUUAUUUUAGUAUAAGUUUAGAAAUUAUAAAAAAGAAACUAUGGAUUCCUUAAUUUAUUAUUCCUUUAAACAAAGAAAACAAAAAUUUAGUAUUAACGUAACGUAAGUAAUAAAACAAACAAACCGUUAAAUGUUAAUGUCUAUUAUUUAUAAAUCCU